AUGUCUGCUGAGGAGCCAGCUUACGACAGAUCUCGACCCCUCCCUCUCAUCCAACCACUAUAUCAUCACAAGCUUGCCAAUGCCCCCGGGAAAUCAAUCAUUGGCGUGAUGGUCACAUUCCCACCCAACAGUGCCUCACCACCACAUCGGCACGGUGGCGCUUCCGUCUCCGCAUACCUAAUCCAAGGCACGGUGUUGAACAAAAUGAACGAUGAGCCGACGCGUGUCAUCGAGAAAGGGGGAACCUGGUUAGAAAAGCCCGGUUGCCAUCAUAAGAUCAGCGCCAAUGUGAGCGCGACGGAACCAGCUCUGCUACUGGCGACUUUUGUGAUUGAGACGGAAAAAGUGGAGAGGGAGGGAGCCGCAGCGCUUAUCCAGGUUGAUGAGGAGUAUAGUGAUAUGGUAUUUCCGGAGGCCAAGGGGGGUGUGCUUUGA